AUGUGCGGCAUCUUCUUCUCGCUCAGCCAGCAUAGCUACAUAGACCCCGAUCCCAGCACCGAGCAGCUCCUCAAGAACAGAGGGCCGGACAGCAUCGGGAAGCAGCACAUACUCGUCCCUGUAAACGCUGAGGAAAAUAUAACGUCCCCUCAGCUUCAUGCCACCUUUCUAUCGACAGUGCUCUCACUCCGAGGCAACACUCUCGUAUCACAACCGCUAAGAGAUGAAGAUUCCGGAUCCGUCUUGUGCUGGAACGGCGAGGCCUGGAGCAUCGGCGGCCACUCCAUCUCGGGGAACGACUCUCGGGUCGUCUUCGACGCUCUUCUGGAAACAUGCACGAAGGAGACCACUAAUCAAAAGAGCGCCUAUGUUGAAGGGCUCGUUCGCGUCAUUUCGUCCAUUCGGGGCCCGUUCGCCUUCGUCUUUUAUGACGCGCUUAAUCAGCGUCUCUUUUACGGCAGAGACUGCCUGGGGAGACGCUCGCUGUUGCGGAAAUCCUCUGCUGAGCAUGAGUUGAUCCUGUCCAGCGUAUGCGACAACGCCACUGGCGACUUCUGGGCGGAAGUAGAGGCUGAUGGAAUCUAUACGGUUGAUCUGAAAGAAGCCCCAAAAUCGCUCUCGCUCGCUGUCGUCCAUAUACCGCAUCGUCUCAAAGGCGGCGACGAAAGUAGCAGUCCAUCUUUUGACCUACCCUUUCCUGCGAUGAACAGAUCCAUCCAUGGAGACAUGCCGCGACCCGGGCGCGAAACCGUCCGUAGGCUUGAAAUGGCUCUUCGAUCAUCACUGGAGCUUCGAGUGCAGCAUGUCCGAGAAGCCGUGGAGCCUCCUGAUUCUAACCAAUCAGUGCAGGAUGCUAGAAUCGCCAUAUUGUUUUCUGGGGGGCUCGACUGCACGAUAUUAGCGCGCAUGACACACGAACUGCUUCCAUUGACUGAGCGCAUCGACUUGCUGAACGUGGCCUUUGAGAAUCCUCGCAUCCAUUCACAAUUAGAUCCCAGCGCCUCACCUUACGAGCUGUGCCCGGAUCGUAUUACGGGAAGAUCAUCACUCGCGGAGCUACGCAAAGUCUGCCCAGGACGACUUUGGCGUUUCGUGGAGAUCAACGUUCCAUACUGCGAGACAAUGGCUCAUCGGGGCAAGGUCAUGACACUCAUGCAUCCCCACAAUACCGAAAUGGACCUCUCUAUCUCCUAUGCUCUCUUCUUUGCCUCCAGGGGCGCCGACAUUACACACGCUUCAGCAGAGACAUCCGCGCCGUACAGGAGUGCCGCUCACGUCCUGCUUUCUGGAUUAGGUGCCGACGAGCUGUUCGGUGGCUACCAGCGCCAUGCUGUAGCCUUCUCGCGCCGAGGCUAUCCGGGCCUGGUUGAAGAGCUAGAACUGGACUUCAAUCGACUAGGAAAACGCAACCUCGGGCGAGAUGACCGCGUCAUUAGCGACUCUGGGAAAGAAGUUCGGUUUCCCUAUCUGGACGAGGAGUUCAUUGCCCUCGCUUUAGAGCUCCCGGUAAGUGUCAAGUGCGAUUUUGCGAUCCCUCAGUCGGCAGCGUCAGAUGAUCCAACUCAACUCCUGGAGCCCGGAAAGCGGAUCCUGAGGCUCCUUGCAUGGAAGCUUGGCAUGAAGAGCGUUGCCACAGAGAAAAAGCGUGCAAUUCAGUUCGGUGCCCGUACGGCGAAGAUGGAAACCGGAAAUACCAAAGGCACCAAUGUCUUGACGUGA